AUGGAGCCUCGUCAAGAUAUCCCCGAUGUUCUUGCAAAGUUCCCCUCCGGCCCAUUGAACCAAUUCCUCAGGAUCAUCAGCACCCUUCCUGCAGGCGCAGCUGCGCUCGACGCCGUUGGUCUCGUCCUCACACCCUUGCAGCAAGGUUUGGCGGAUUCAGUCGGUAUUGACACCUCCGAAGAUGACUUGAAACAAGAUGCUGCUUGUGCCGAUAUCACUGUCAUCUUUGCGCGCGGGACGACCGAGCCUGGAAACGUUGGACUCGUUACCGGCCCGCCCUUCUUCGACGCCUUGAAAGCGCAAUCCGGGGGCAAAUCCAUCGCCGUUCAGGGAGUUGAGUAUCCGGCUACAUUUGCCGGCUUCAAUAGAAACGGGACCGAGGGUGUACCGAGCAUGACGAAUUUCAUCAACGAAGCAACCACAAAGUGCCCCGAUACCAAGAUCGUCAUGGCUGGGUACUCCCAAGGGGCUCUAGUCGUUCGAGGCACGGCCGAGACGUUGCCAACAGACACAAUGUCAAAGAUCAACUCGGUCUUGACUUUCGGAGACCCCAGAAAUCCGGCUCCUAUCCCUGGUGCAGAGGGAAAGACGAAGAUAGUGUGUCAUGAGGACGAUGCUGUUUGCAGUGGGGGGUUCAUCACAGUUGAUCAUCUGACUUACGCUGAGGAUGCCGACGCAGCUGCUCAGUUUGUGCUGCAAAGAGCUGCUGGUGAGAGCCCGAACUUGUUGUCUUGA